CUAAUCUGGUACCUUGACAUCAGUAGUUUUUUUCAUUGCCUAUUCAUUGUACCGUAAAUUACAUUUGGAGCCUUUUAGGGCAUUUUACAGCAAUAUAAGUGGAUUCUCUGGUGCUGUAAAAUGGUUUUAGAACCGUCGUAUUUAUUGUAUUGGCUAAUUUUUUAGAGUGCAUCUCAAUCCACCUGCAAAGCCCCACUUGUUUACUGUAACAUAAUUAGCAGUUCUACCAGAACCUUUGCACACUACAAAAAGUGGUUCAAGUGACUUCCUGCACGCCGACAGGAUAACCAAACUAGUCUAGCAGUCGUGUUUUACUGGGCUUCAAAUUGCUAUUAACGAGAGAAAUACGUUUUAUGAGCAACUUUUAUCUAGUCUUUAGAAGACAAGUUUGUCUACCGCCAAGACAUGGACGGCAAUAAACAAACACCAAGUUUUGAUCAAACAGAGCACCAGCACAUUCGCUAUAACCCCCUGAGGGAUAUGUGGGUCCUUGUCUCAGCUCACCGGAUGAAAAGACCCUGGAAGGGUCAAGUAGAGAAGCCCUCAGAAGAAUAUGUCCCCCGACAUGAUCUCUCUAACCCACUCUGUCCUGGAGCCACAAGGGCAAAUGGGAUGGUAAACCCAGAAUAUGACAGUACUUUUCUGUUUGAUAAUGACUUCCCUGCACUGCAGCCAGAUGCUCCUGAGCCAGGAGUUGGCGACCAUUCACUGUUUCAAAUGAAAGCAGCCAAGGGUGUAUGUAAAGUGAUGUGCUUCCAUCCCUGGUCAGAUAUCACCCUCCCACUGAUGCAGGUCUCUGAGAUAAAAAAUGUCAUUGACAAAUGGGCUGAGCUGGUGGUAGAUCUGGGGGCAACAUACCCGUGGGUUCAGAUUUUUGAAAAUAAAGGGGCCAUGAUGGGCUGCUCGAAUCCACACCCUCAUUCUCAGGUGUGGGCCAGUAAUUUUCUUCCCAAUGAGCCAAGACUGGCGGACCACUGCCAACGAGAAUACUACAGGGAUAAAGGCGUGCCAAUGCUGCUGGAGUAUGCCAAGCAGGAGAUCCAGAGAAAGGAGCGAAUUGUGGUUGAGAAUGAAGACUGGCUGGUAGUUGUUCCUUACUGGGCAACAUGGCCUUUCCAAACAUUGCUUCUGCCCAGGAGGCAUGUGCUGCGUUUGAACGACCUCUCCAACGAGGAGCGACAAAGUCUGGCAUCUCUAAUGAAAAGGCUCCUGACAAAAUAUGACAAUUUGUUUGAGAUGUCGUUUCCAUACUCAAUGGGGUGGCACGGAGCACCCACAGGCCAUCAGCUGGCAGAAGAUAUGAGCCACUGGCAGCUCCACGCUCACUACUACCCACCCCUCCUCCGCUCUUCCACCAUUCGGAAGUUCAUGGUGGGAUAUGAGAUGCUGGCUCAGGAACAGAGGGACCUUACUCCAGAGCAGGCAGCUGAGCAAUUACGGAACUUGCCAGAGGAACACUACAAAACAAAGGCAGACAAAAUCAAUCUGAGAGAGAACGCUAAAGAAAGCAAAUGAGCCGCUCGGAUAGCAGCAGUACACUUUUGCAUUCUUACAGAGCAUAUCCACAAGAAGAUGGACAUCUUUCCCAGCAUUUACCAGAUUCAGAAAAAGACGUGCCCUGCUUCCACAUACCAUUCAUUAAAAGUUAAAUAAUCCUAAAGGUUUUGUUAGUAUCAAGUGUUUUUUUUUUUUUGUUUUUUUUUUUAUUGCCAAUUAAUGUAGUUUAUCCAAAAAGUACCAGUUGAUAGCACUGGUAACUUCAUGAACAGCAGAGACCCAAACCUCCCCAGCAUUCAGGAGGGGGAAGAAAAGUCUGAACUCCUGAUAAUUAGGGAUGAUAUGUACUUGCACUCUUCAAUUGUAAUCACGAACGGUCAUUUCCAAUAGUAAGUAGAAAACAUUAUUUUUUUUUACAAACUAUAGUAGAUUAAUCUACAGUAGUACUGUAGAUCAGUCUGGGGUGGUUGAAGAGUGAUUUUUAAACUAGAACAGUAGGGGCAACAAAAUACAUCCAAAUUGUAAACCUGGACACAUUGCAACAUGUGCUGUUCCACUCACAUACUGUCAUUACUGGGACUGUACACAGGGGGUCAUCUUCAAAUUAGUUGUCCUUUUAAUGGGUCUAAUAAUGAAUACCUUUUAAUUGCUUUUUAUAAGGUAUUGCCUCUCUAUGGCAAAAUGAUGACUAGCCAAUAGACACAUGUGUUUUGAUUUGAAAUGCAUUUAAAAUCUUUUAGGUGGGAUUAUAUGGAACUAUUUACCCUUUCCUGCAUAAUCUUUUAUUUUGAUUUAGUAUUUAUCAGCUUAAAAAUAUCCUCUCAAUUAAAACAAUUACUAUGUAUGUUGAUUUCUAUAAUAAAAUCACUUAAAAAAUUGCAUUACAAUUGCAUUAAAAAUAAAUUACAAUCUUUAUAGACAUCAUUAAAAUGGCUGUCAUGAACCC